AUGCACAAAAAGGGCGCGGCUAUCAUUCUCCUUUUCUCUAUGAGGCUAAUUUCUGCGCGAAAAUUGGCUAUAGAGCCGCAUUUUCAAGAAUUUGGAAAUCUCUCUCGGCAACUUGUCGACCUUGCCAGUCAACACGACGCCUUUACAUCGCUCACUCAUGAAUGUGAAGUGACCAUAGCGAUUGAGGAACGCGAACGGAGAACGAGAGGCAGCAAAAUUGGGUGGGGCGUUGACGAUACGAAUUAUGGCAAUGGUGGCCUUGGUGUAGAAGAGAUUCAACAGUGA